CCUGUAAUUAAUAAAAAAAAAACUCAUUCUUUUUCUGAACUUUAGUUGUAAAACCAUUGCUUUUUAGUGCUUAAAUAAUAAACACCAAUUUGUCAAUUUUGACGUAAACAUACACAUAAUGGCGGAACUAGAGACGAGUAUAGAAGAUAUAGGACUGAAAACACAAAUACAUCUUACCAAAUGUGCAGAGUUACUCAAAGGUAUACCCCAAUGCCUGAUCAGUGUGAACACAUCACGACGAAAGAUUCCUCAGAAAACUCAACAAAAAAAUAAACAAGUUGAUAGGACGGUGGUUGGAUUGGAAUCCUGUAGAUUCUGCUUCAUGGAGCUAGAGAAGGGUCUGGAGAUUUGUAAGGUUUGCAGAAGAGACACCGGAAAGAAAAUAAGUUUGAAGACAGCAGCUAAAAAUGAAAUUAAUGCAGAGAAAACCUUGAAAAGGGCGCGGGAAGACGAGUUGAAGAGAGAGGAAGAAGAAAAGAAGGUUGAGGAACAACGGAGAGAAGAGAAGAAAAUGAAGAGGAUGAGGAAGGAUAAUGCAGGACUAGUCCUACCUCCCAGUAUCCGGGUUAACCCUGGAGCUGGAGCUAAGAAGAAAAGUAAAGAUCAAUCUAAACUCAAGUUUCUCCUUAACUCCUCCAGCUCUCAAAAUAAUUCUAACUCCGAGAGCAAACUUCAAGGAUUCCUAAAACUUCUCUAGAAUUUCGAAUUUUUUACAAAUUCCCAUUUGUCGUUGUUAACUUUUGUAUCCUUAAAACCCCUUCAUCACACCAAGGAACUUAACCCAACAAACUUUUAUUUUCAUAUAUCUUAGCAUCCGAAUGCAACUAAUUUAUCUGUUACAUUUUGUAAUUUGAAAUAUCAAAGGUAAUUGGAAAGAUUCUAAAAUUAUCAAAUUUAUGGUAACUGAUAAGUUCUGUUAUGCCUAUUUUGCAUUACUGAUAAAUACUAAAAUCCUAAGCAAUUUUUUUACAAUUUCCAGA